AUGAAGGAUGAACAAGCUUACUGUUAUGUUGUUUCUCUUCUUGUUCUUGGCAGACAAAAUGUGCGUUAUAAGGUGUUGGUGAAUGGUAGGCCAACUGAGGAGAUUGUUCCAUCCCGGGGUCUUAGACAGGGUGAUCCUCUGUCCCCUUAUCUUUUUAUAAUCUGUGCGGAAGGGUUAUCUUUGCUAUUACAGGAAACUAUGGAGGUGAAGAGAUGCCUAGGAGUCUACGAGGCCUACUCUGGACAAGCGGUCAAUCUUAGUAAGUCAAGUGUUUCGUUCAGCCGUAAUACCCUGGGAGACGUGAAGGGGUUCAUUGCAGGAACCCUGGGGGUUGGCCUAGCAGAUGAUUUUGGUAAGUACCUGGGUUUGCCAUCUGUUAUUGGAAGAAAUAGAAAGGUACUUAUAUCGAGUAGAAGCUUAAGAAAAGGGUUGGUUCCUGGAAUAAGAGAUUGUUAUCCAGAGCAGGGAAGGAGAUUAAUGAACAGGUACUGGUGGGGGCGGAAUGACAGGGAGGAUGGUAUUCACUGGUUUGCCUGGGACAGGAUGUGCACUCCCAAAAAGUUUGGGGGUUUGGGUUUUAAGCGUUUACAUGAGUUUAAUUUGGCUUUGUUGGGCAAGCAGGGGUGGCGGCUUCUUACAAACCCCGACUCUCUUGUUGCACGGGUUUUUAAGGAAAGAUAUUUUCCUGCAACUACCUUCUACGAUGCUACCUUAGGGGGAAAUUCGAGUUAUGUUUGGAGAAGCAUUAUGGCUAGUCAGGGUCUUUUGAAUCAGGGAGUAGACGAUGAAUUGGAAAUGGCAGAACGACUCAGUGUCAUGAAUACGUGGAAUUCUCCCCUUGUUCAGCAAUUGUUUGACCCGCAUGAAGCCUCUCUAAUCACGCAGUUGCCCAUCAAUGUAAACUUCGAAGACAUGUGGUUUUGGGAUGGAGAUUUGAGGGGAUGCUAUUCGGUCAAGGACGGGUAUAGAAGUCUAGGGGAAUUAAAUGCCCCUGCUUCCGUUACCCCUAUUAACGGUAAUAAUUUUAUGCAUUGGGCAGAGGAGUGGCUGGACUGUACCGCCGGCUUCUCUCGUGACUCUCAGGGACAGCUUUGCGGUUUGCCACACGAGAUUUGGGCGGCAAGGAAUAUGGCGGUGUGGGAUGCGAAAUGGACAACUUGGAUCAGCAGCAACGCAAAGCAGGCUUCUUCGCAGUUGCACCAGCCGGUGUCAGUGCCACACGCGGGACUAACCUGUUUUGUUGACGCUGGUUUCCAUGGUUCCAGUCAUGCAACGGCCUAUGGUUUCAUUGUGCGGGACGAUGCGAUGUUUGUUGCAGCGGUGAAUGGCCCUAUGUCAUGCCCGUAUGACCCACUCAUGGCGGAGGCGAUGGCGAUGGCGAUGUGUGAAGCUCUCUCAUGGCUCAAGGACAAUGGCUACACAUCGGUUAAAGUUUACACGGAUAGUUCUGUCUUCGUAUCAAGUCUUAGUAAGGCUAGUUCUUUCCGGUCUUAUGUUGGUUUUACUUUAGUCUCUUAUUUACAUUUACUUACAUCUAUGCCUGGUUCUCAUAUUGGUUAUGUUAGUAGGGAUGAGAAUCGAGCGACUCACAUCUUAGCUAAGCAUGUAAGUGCGAGUAUCGCACGUUCUACUUGA